UCCUACGCUGGGAAGCUGCUGGAGCGGAGCGGGAUGGGCGAGUGCAGGGCGUGCCAGACGCCCAUGGAGGAGAAGAUCAAGCUGUCAAAGGACAGCACUGCCCCCUUGGUGGAUGCCACGAGCUACCGGAGCAUCGUCGGCGCGCUGCGCUACCUCACGCACACACGGCCGGACAUCGGGUUCGCCGUGGGGUACGUGAGCCGGUUCAUGGCAGAGCCGCGGGAGGAUCACCUCGCCGUGGUCAAGCAUCUGCUCCGCUAUGUGGCAGGGACGCGCGACUACGGGCUCGUCUACCUAAGGAGGAGCAGAGGAGAGCUGGAGCUGAUCGGGUUCAGCGACAGCGACAUGGCGGGCGACGUUGAUGGACGAAGGAGCACGACUGGCGUGCUCUUCUUCCUUGGAGCGUGCCCGAUCUCCUGGCAAUCGAUGAAACAGAAGGUCGUCGCGCUGAGCACUUGCGAGGCAGAGUACAGUGUGGCGGCGACGGCAUGUUGCCAGGGAGUUUUGUUGGGGCGGCUGCUGGCUGAGCUCACCAGAGAAGAAGCUCGGGCACCCGUCCUGAUGGUGGACAACCAGUCCGCCAUCGCCUUAGCAAAGAACCCCGUCCACCACGACCGGAGCAAGCACAUCGACUUGGGCGCGUUCGACUCACAGAGUUGAGGACCAAGAUUGGGGUUGAGGAGAUCAAGCAAGAGCAAAGCGAUUAGGGGAAGAAUUGUUAGAUAAUCACCAUGCUCUAGCUUGUACUUUUUCUCAUGCCUGCAGGAGCUCU